AUGGACCGCCUCAACCGCACUCGCUCGCAGCAUUUUGUCAGCUCUCCGAGAAAAUCAGCCAUACCGCUCAUAACAAGACACACGUUACCGCGACACCCCACAAAGCGCCGACGUCUUGCCGGGAGUGCAUUAGGGCUGGCAAGCCAUAGCAAUGACUCGGACUCGUCUAGUCUGACAGAGGACGACAUGGAAAGUCAUCGAGGGCGCGCGGGAUUGUCAAACACGAGGCUUGGACGAUCGACAAGGUCAAAAUCUAGGCGUCUGCCGGUACAGAAUGGCAAAGGUAAAGGCAGAGAAAGAGCCGAUACGUCCGGGAAGGAGGAUGGGGACGUAGACGAGGGGGAUGCAUAUAGUCCCAAAAAGAGAAAGAGGUCCAGAAGAGGGUCCCUCUCUCCUGAAGGAAGCUGGGUGGAGACUAGCGGUGACGAAGGAGAGCCCGAGUUCAUUGCCGAGGGUGAUAAUUAUUUAUUGCAAAGCGCUCCAGGUCCCACUCUGCAUAGGUUACGAAAAGCCGAACUCAUCAGGCUGUGGAAAGUCGCGGGUAUGUGGGAGAAUGACGCUGGACCCGACGGUGCUAUGGACGAAGAUGACGAGGACGAUGCUGGUAUGGGCAAGAAAGAUCUCGUUGACGGCAUUCUGGGAUCUCGAAAACCGUCUUCCAAAGGCCGAUUGAUAUCGCCCCUCCCUCACUCUCCGGGGCGCGCAAUCAGACGCCGCUCCACUCUUGAAAUGAUUCAAGAGCCACCCGCUUCUUCUCCUACCUCUUCCGACCACAUAUCCCCCGGGUCUACCCCUAAACCCCUGCCCCGCACGCGAUCUCGUGUCCGGCUCGCGGAACCUGCCGUUUAUACUACCGAAUCGCCUUCAUCCUCUCACGUCACCCCUCGUCGUACGUUGCAACAACGUCCUACUAGGUCCGAUCUGCGCGCCAAGCGCGUGCGAGCGCAGCUGGCGACUAGAAAGACGAAUGGCUCGGCCGUAAAUAGCGAGGACAGUGAGCUCACUGAGCUCUCCUCAGACGGUGGGGAGGUAGAGGGGGACGUACAAGCAACACCUUUGGUGAAACGGCUUCGGCCAAGAGGUGGCGAACGAACCAAUAUGAGAGAACCGUCGACAGAUGUGACUGAUUUCGAGGAUGAGGUCGAUAAUACUGCCGAUGAAGCCGACGCAGAGGCUACAGAAGCCGAGCCUGACGAUCUACCUGUGCGAGGUCGGAGGAUCAAGGCAAGCCAAAGCAACAAGUCUUUAUGGGAGGAUGAGGAUGUGGCCAUGAAGGUUCCAAGCUCAAGGAAAAGCGGGAAGAGUAUGCCAACGAGAGGAGCCAAGAAGAAGGCUAUUGAGGCCAUCAAGGGCGGUGAACGUGAUACGGAUGAUGGGAUGGAGGUCGAUGCUGAUGUGGAUAUGGACGAAGACGAAGAGUCUAGUAAGUCUGCGCCCGUCACCCCGCCUCGCCGCAACACACGCACGUCUGUAGACGACGUGUCUAUGAACGGCGACGACGACGAGGUCGAAGAUCAAGAUCAAACACCCAACGUCACCCCUGGUCAGAUUCACAUGACGCGCUCCGGCAAAGCAUUCGGCAUGAUGCAGAACCGGAGACAACUUUUGAGAGAGGAGGCAAGGGAUGACCCAGACAUGGAUGAGGUGGAGGAGGAGAGUGACGAUGAUGAUGACGACGAACUGGAGCCUGCAAAAGAUGUCGACUUGUCGCAGGCUACGGCCGCGAGUCUCGUAAGAUUGUUACGCGACGAGUUGGUCCAGAUGUGCGAAGCCAGAGGUAUCGAAGUCGGGGGCACCAAACCACAACUGGCCAAGGCCCUUCUAGAAUGGCGCGACGAACAGCAGGGCGCACCUUCAUCAACAUCCACCGCCCGUCCCUCUCCUCCCCGCACCGCUCUCCCCCGUCGCAAAUCCACCAAAUCCAGAUUUACCACGCGAACAAAGUCCAAAUCUAGCAAACUCCUCCCCGCUAUCGCCACAGCAGUCCAGGUCCCAGGCAAGCCGACCCCGGUACUGAUGCGAGAGCACGUACACGCGCAUGAUCCUGAAACACCCCCUUUGUCAAAGGGUCAUGAGGGUGAUGUAGAAGAGGAGAAGAAGGGCACGGAGGCAGAAUUGAAUUUGGAUCUGCAAGAGCUCGGCUUGGAAGAUUCCGUCAUCAAGGCGUCGCUUCUGACAAAGCUGGAAAAGAUUGGAAGCGGUGGUUUCAAAGACGUAUAUGUGGGCAAGUAUCGGGGCCGCAAAGUGGCCAUCUCCGAGUUCAGAGAACAUCUGAGUGAGAUGGACAUCCGAGAACUGAAGCUGCUGGCCGAGUUCAGCCAUCCCAACAUUGUGCGCUUUCGAGGAAUAUGCAUACCCGAAGACUCCACCCAAGUACCGUGCAUGCUUGUUAGUGAGCUCUGUGAGAAUGGCGACUUGUUUGACUAUAUCCGCAACGUUCCCCGACCAUCCUUGAAGCGCGUCAUCACCCUCAUGCUCGACAUUGCCCGUGGACUCGAAUACCUCCACACGCGCAAGCCCUCUAUCAUCCACCGUGACUGCAAAUCCUCCAACAUACUUAUCAACCGCGCGGGCACCGCCAAAGUCGGCGAUUUCGGCUUAGCAAGAGUCAAAAACUCGACGAGGUCGAUGAUUAGAAGUUUGGUGGGCACGGUGAAUUGGCAAGCGCCCGAGCUGUGGCAUCCUACGCCGAGGUAUGAUUACAAGGUUGAUGUGUUUUCGGCGGCGAUGGUGUAUUGGGAGAUGAUGUCGGGAUGGAUCGGAGAUAAGAAAUACCCUUGGGAGGGCCAUAACGAACACUACAUCUACGACGCGGUAGGCAAUAAGCAGAAACGCCCUUCUGUUGCUGGUCUCCGCAAGGCGUGGGGUAACGAGCCCGUCAAUCUGAUGGAGAGGAUGUGGCAUCAGGAUGCUGGAGAAAGACCUACGAUGACGGACGUGGUGCAUGACCUGGAGGGCAUAUUGGCAGAGGUCAAGUAG